UCCUGGCUGACCCCGAGCGAGGCGCUGAGGCGGGGCCCGGGUGCACCGUACCCCUGUGCCCGGCUCCACGAUGUGGCGGGCCCGGGCCGCGGCCGCUUGUGUUGUCUGCCAAAGCUUAGCAAAUAGCAGCUAUGGAGUAAAAGGAAAAUCACCAUUGCAAAAAUUACACCUUGUUUCCCGAAGUAUUCAUCAUCCCCAUUAUACAAGUUCAAAGUUUCAGAGACCUCCACUAAGGACAUCAGUUCAACAGUUCUCCUCUCUUAAUCGUCUUCCCUUACGGAAAACGAAACUUUUAUCUGUAAAAUAUGGAUACCUGUCCCAUAGAAAUUUCUGGGUAGCUAGACUGGCUUCAAGGCUUCUAAAACUUCGCUAUCUUGUACUAGGAUCUGCUGUAGGUGGUGGCUAUACAGCAAAAAAGACGUAUGAUCAAUGGAAGGAGAUGCUGCCUGAUCUCAGUGACUAUAAGUGGAUUGUUCCUGACUUCAUUUGGGAGCUUGAUGAACACAUUGACUUUGAAAAGCUUAGCAAAGCCCUUCCUGAUGCAGAAGACCUCGCUAAACUUCUACCUGACUUUGACAAGAUUGGAGAGAGCCUCAGUUCACUGAAGGGCUUUUUCUCACCUGGUUACAAUUUGGUUAGUGAAGUCAUAGGAGCUUCUGAUCUGCUUCUCUUGUUAGGUUCCCAAGGAGAAACAGCAUUCAGAGCUACAGACCAGGGAUAUGAAAAUGACAAACAGUACAAAAAGGGCCUGCUUGGUGAACUCAUUCUAUUACAACAGCAAAUCCAACAGCAUGAAGAGGAAGCACGCAGAGCUGCUGGCCAAUAUAACACGGGCUCUUCCCAGCAGAAGCGAAAGGUCUCUGACAAAGAGAAGAUUGAUCAGCUUCAAGAGGAACUUCUGCACACACAGCUGAAAUAUCAACGAAUUCUUGAGCGCUUAGAGAAGGAAAACAAAGAACUAAGAAAGCUGGUGUUGCAGAAGGAUGACAAGGGCAUUCAUCAAAGGAAGCUAAAGAAAUCUUUGAUUGAUAUGUACUCUGAAGUUCUAGACAUUCUGUCUGACUAUGAUGCCAGCUAUAAUACCCAAGAUCAUCUACCUCGGGUUGUAGUGGUUGGAGAUCAGAGUGCAGGAAAAACCAGUGUUCUAGAAAUGAUUGCUCAAGCCCGGAUAUUCCCUCGAGGGUCUGGGGAAAUGAUGACACGUUCUCCUGUUAAGGUAACACUUAGUGAAGGUCCCCACCAUGUGGCUUUGUUCAAAGACAGCUCUCGGGAGUUUGAUCUGACCAAGGAAGAAGAUCUUGCAGCCUUGAGAAAUGAGAUAGAGAUCCGAAUGAGGAAAAGUGUGAAAGAAGGAUGCACUGUCAGUGCUGAGACCAUCUCCUUAAAUGUGAAAGGUCCUGGUCUGCAGAGAAUGGUGUUGGUAGAUUUGCCUGGUGUCAUUAGUACUGUGACAUCAGGUAUGGCUCCAGACACUAAGGAUACUAUCUUUAGCAUCAGCAAGGCCUAUAUGCAGAACCCGAAUGCCAUCAUCCUUUGUAUUCAAGAUGGGUCGGUGGAUGCAGAGCGCAGCAUUGUCACUGAUUUAGUCAGCCAAAUGGAUCCUCACGGGAAAAGGACAAUCUUUGUUUUGACCAAGGUGGACCUUGCUGAGAAAAACGUGGCCAGCCCAAACAGGAUACAACAAAUCAUUGAAGGUAAACUCUUCCCAAUGAAGGCUUUGGGUUACUUUGCAGUCGUUACAGGAAAAGGAAACAAUGCUGAAAGUAUCGAAUCUAUUAAAGACUAUGAAGAGGAAUUUUUUCAAAAUUCAAAACUGUUGAAGACGUGUAUGCUGAAGGCACAUCAGGUGACGACGAGGAACCUAAGUCUUGCUGUGUCAGAUUGCUUUUGGAAAAUGGUGAGAGAGUCAGUGGAGCAGCAAGCAGAUGCUUUUAAAGCAACACGUUUUAAUCUUGAGACUGAGUGGAAGAACAACUACCCCAGGUUGCGAGAGCUUGACCGGAAUGAACUGUUUGAAAAAGCGAAGAAUGAAAUCCUCGAUGAGGUUAUAAGUUUGAGCCAGGUCACGCCAAAGCACUGCAGCGGUACCCAGAGCCCAGUAGGCCGCCUCGGUAUGGAGCGUGCCUUCGGCACCACAUCGUCCCGGUACCGAGAAGGACUCUCGGCACCGACCUGUACCGGCACCGACUCCUCGGCACUGCUCCGUUUCUCCAACCGGGAUACGGGCCAUCAAGACUUCUUGAGGCGGGUGGCCCAGAACAUGAAUUUGCAAAUGGAGGAGGUCACUGAGAUAGAGGACCCAGUAGUGGACAUCUUAUCAGCUGAUGCACCUACCAGAGUGGCGCUCCCGUUCAUCCGCACUAUACAAGCCAAUGCGGACACCCUUUGGCAGUCCCCAGCUUCAAUUCCACCCACAGCUAGGGGAGUAGAGAGGAAAUACAUGGUCCCCUCAAAGAGAUACGGAUACCUCUACACCCAUCCACCUCCCUGCUCUCUGGUUGUCCAAUCGGUGAACGAACGGGAGCGUCAUGGUCAGCAAGCAUCAGCUCCUAAGGCGAAGGAAGCUAAGCGCAUGGACCUCCUCGGCAGCAAAAUAUACUCGGCUGGGGGCCUCCAACUUAGGGUGGCGAAUCAGCAAGCUCUCCUGAGUCGGUACAAUUUUAACACCUGGGUAUCAGUGGAGAAGUUUACAGAGCUUCUUCUCCAGGAGUCCCAUCUGCAGUUUAUGGCCCUGCUCGAAGAGGGUAAAAAGGUGGCAAGAACCUCUCUCCAGGCCUCUCUGGAUGCUGCGUACUCGGCGGCCAGAACUCUGGCAACCGGAGUGGCAUGGGAGACUCUGCAGGAAGAAUUUUCUCACUUCAUGACAGAAAAGAAAGGAAAAGAGCAUGAUGAUAUCUUUGAUAAACUGAAACAAGCUGUCAAAGAAGAAAGUAUUAAACGACACAAGUGGAAUGAGAGAGCAGAAGACAGCCUGCGAGUGAUACAGCACAAUGCUUUAGAAGAUCGGUCAAUAUCUGAUAAACAGCAGUGGGAUGCGGCUAUUCACUUCAUGGAGGAUACUCUCCAGAGUCGUCUCAAGGACACUGAAUCUGUUAUUGAAGACAUGGUGGGCCCAGACUGGAAAAAAAGAUGGCUGUACUGGGUAGGCCGCACUAAAGAACAGAAUAUUCGUAAUGAAACAAAAAAUGAACUUGAGAAGAUGAUCAAAUGCAACGAAGACCAUGCAGCUUACCUUGCAAAUGAUGAGGUGACAACUGUCCGAAAGAAUCUUGAAGCAAAAGGGGUAGCAGUGGAUCCAUGUUUGAUUAAAGACACAUGGCACCAAGUUUAUAGAAGACAUUUCUUGAGGACAGCUUUGAGCCACUGUAAUCUGUGUCGAAGAGGCUUUUAUUACUACCAAAGGCAUUUUGUAGACUCUGAGCUUGAAUGCAAUGAUGUGGUUUUGUUCUGGCGGAUACAGCGAAUGCUGGCGAUUACAGCAAACACACUGAGGCAGCAGCUUACUAACACUGAAGUCAGACGUUUGGAGAAGAAUGUAAAGGAAGUGCUGGAAGACUUUGCUGAGGACAGUGACAAGAAGGUUAAGUUACUAACGGGCAAAAGGGUCCAGCUGGCAGAGGAUCUCAAAAAAGUUCGGGAAAUCCAGGAAAAACUUGAAGCCUUCAUUGAAGCCCUCCAUCAGGAGAAGUAGAUUGUUCAAGCAGCUGAAUUUUUACUAUAAGAACGCAGGCCUUUCCCAAAAUGCAUUGCACAAAGAAGACAGAAUGAACUGGCUUUGCUGUCCCAUUCUUCUUCCUGUCGUACCUUUUUGAAGCAUCCUGUGAUGUCAAAGGGGUGAGGGAAGUAGUUUCUCACAUGGGAUUGAGACGUAUUGAACAAAACCUCCCAUUUGAAUUUUUGAAGCAAGACAAACAUGACAGCAGAAUCCAGUUUUUGUUGUGUUGAAAUGAAAAGAUGAGGGAAUGCCAGAGUUGUCCAAUUAAGUUCUGUUCCUGAGAGGAUGGAGAGACUUUUAUUUCUUGGCUGUGGUCUAGUAUGGCAGGACUGGAGCAGAUUCAUAAAGUGGUUUUAUCCAGUGUCAGUUUCUUGCCUGCAAAUAAUCCUGAGAGUUUGAAAUAAAGAUGUAUCAUUUGUACAUACAUGAAUUAACACCCUUCUAACUAAUAUUGGUUGUAUCUCUAUACAGUUUGUUGAAGCAUCCUCAGUUGCUAGGGUACACCUCUAAUACACUGUGGUUAGAAGAGAGAUCUGAGAGAGAGAGGGGCUUUACUUAAGCACUUGAGCUAUUGUCAUCAGAAGAAUUCUGCCAGUUCCUUUCAUUUGAAAAAUACAGGCUGUCAUUCAUUGACUCCUUAAAAAGUUUGGCUCAGGAAAUAAUGUGAACAGCUGCUCAUUUUAUGGCUACUUUCCUAGUAGAUGAUGAUACUCUGAAUCAUAGCCAAUCACAUUUCAUUUUGAGAGUUGCCUGGACACUAACUGGGUUUCCUGUUAACUUUCCCCAUGUCCUAUUGGAAAGUAAGCUAAUUAUGUGUGUGGGUCAUACAGAAAAAUAAUUUAACAAUGUAACUCACUUUGUUUGACCCUCUCAAAUAAACAUUUCAGAAAAAAAGAUCAAAAACAGAUUUUUUAUAUAUAUAUUUUCUUUUUAUUGGGGACUUUAAGGCCAAAAUUGCUUUAAAGUAGUGUAAUGCACAAGAUCCCUUCAUAGCCACUUGCUUUGUGUCGUUUAGACUGAUAUAGCUGUUCAGUGGUGGUGAUUUCCUUCAGUCUCUCAGAUUGCCCCCAAAGCAAUCUGCAAGUGACAUACCAGAGCUUGGUGGAUUAAACCAAUAUUCACCAAUUCUUUGAGGUAUCACAUAGACUUUUGCUUACUUGAUUUUACUUGUUUCCUCUGUUAUCCCAUCUGCCAGUUAUACAUUUUGUAUAAUAUAAGCCCCAAAUAAAUGAACAUCAUCUUUUUUUACAUAUCUUGACUUAGCUACUAUUGCUGUUAAAGUUGUUAAUGAGACAGAUUUAAGAAAAGUAUCUAAAUACAAUUUCACAGAUGUCCAGUGACUUUUUAAAGCCUCUUUUUAUUUUUCUUCUGACACUCUUGAUACAAGUGAAGUAAUCCAGCUAAAAUUGACAAAUGGUGCUGAAUACUUGAAUACUGCCCUGGAAGAGGAUGUUAGAGAGGUUCAAAACAGUUCCUUGUGCAAUUAUCCCAAAGUGUAGGUUAGGAAAUUGACAUAGGCUUGUGUUCUUCCCUCUGAAAGAGGCGAAUGAUUUGAAUUACUGGUAAUUGAGAAUAAGAAGGAAUCAGUAUGUAAGAACAUGUAUCAUUUUGCUUCUGACACAGAGAGCAACACUAGAAGUGAAACAGGAAACCCCUAACAUUUGAUAAUCAAAAAUAAGACUUUAAGCACCAUUGUGUAAAAAAAAACUAAAGUGUAGUUUUGCAUACUGUGGUGCUUAAAAUUAAACAUGGCAAGAUAAUCUAACAGAUUGAGCACUGGGGCUUCUUUUUUCUUAAAGCCACCUGAUUACAGGAAAAGGAGUGCACUUUAAAAAAAAAAAAAAAAAAGGUAAAUUGGUUUAUAUGAUCUUUUGGCACAGACUGUGAGUAAUUUCAGAAGUUUAAGUUGUUUCCACAACAGUGAAGGAAAGCAGAUUCCAUAGACUGUAUAUCACAUGAACUAGUCUGUACUUGUAUGAAAUCCCUCUCUGUACAAAAAACCUUUUUGCGUUUACUUGACAUGAUCACUGUUUAAAAUCUCUGUGUAGUGUAAAUGUUGCAAAAUGUCACAUCCAGUGGUCCCAUAUGCACCUUUUUUUCAGCAUGGUAUCUACAGUCUUUGGUUCUAAUUUCUCUAUUGCUAAUCUGAGUCUUGGCAUGGUGUGUUCCUUGAGAGCUGGGUAUUUAUUGAAUGCAGAUGUAAUUGAAGGGAAAAUAAUAAAAUUCAGGCUUUGAACACUAAA